AUGUCUGCGGAGACGGGCCUAGCUCGUCCAGAUACAACUUCAGAAGAUGCAAAUCAACGCGAGCCCGAAGGUGAUGCGAUGCGCGUGGACAAUGAUGACGGACAUGACCGUGUAAAUGCUCCCUCUGCUGGGCAAUUGAAAUGCGAAAUAUGUCAGACCACUUUCAGACGGCCGGAGCAUCUGAAGCGACACCUUCGCAGUCAUACGAAGGAGAAACCGUUCGAGUCCCGAGUCAGAUGUAGUGGGGGUGAUCCGUGUGUUCGAUGUCAAGGCCGCAGCCUUGGGUGUCAAUAUCCGACGGAGAGACGAUCCAAACUGAAGGCGGGUAAAGAAUCAAACAGGCAUUCACUGAGCUCGAUAAUCGACCAGCACCCUUCCAGGGACAGACUGGACAAACCUCAAUCGCCUGGAGCAGACCACGUCAGCAAGCAGACAAGCUCCGUGACGGCCGACUCUCAACCCCCGCGCCCGAGCCAGCAGCCGAACCAGAUACAAUUCCGAUUCGUAAGUUGCGAUGCCUCCAGCGCAGGGUCUGAUGGAUCCGCACAACGAACCUCUCGUGAAAACCGCAAGCAGUCUACGGAUCGCCGGUCCCAACUGGUGUCGGAUCUUGAAAACGCAAAUCGACAUGUUCCUUUGCCCGAACAUGAAGAGACUGCGGAGAUACCACGGCUUCCGUACCCUUCGUAUCCUGAUAUAAAUUCGCGGCAUAUGUAUCAACAUGUGUCAGCACCGAUUUUCCAAGCCCCAUUUACCAGUGAUCCCUCCACUAGCACAGGGGGACAUGCCAAGAAUACCCAGUCGGGUGUAAACAAUGCCGAUAUGGAUAUUGAGAUGGCAAAUUCAACUAGUCAGCCACUACCAAUAGCGCUUGGCCAAAAUCUGUUCGAUCAGGGAGAGCUUUCGGCAAUCAACUGGCUCCCUACUAAUUUACUGCCAGAACCAGGCAACACUUUGUCCUUGACACAAGGACUUUCUCCGCAGCCUAUCCAGGGGCUGUGGUCAGAAAGCUUCAAUACGCGGACCGCAUGGCUUCCACCCGCUGCGAGUGCCGAUCAGAUGCAUUCUUACCAUAAUGCGCAGAACUCAUCCCAGAGCUACACCAGUGAUAUCCCUUUGCGGUCAACUGCCAAAAGUCCCAGACUGAAAACUCAUACCGCCGAAGACACCUCUCCACGUUCGGUGUCAUGUGAAGGUUCAGUGCGUUCUGGAGACUACUAUGUAGACGGGGAUGGUGCUCGACGUCCGAAAUACAGUCGGAAAAGAAGAACUUGGUCAAAUUCUGUGGGGAAUCAACUGAAUUUGUUAUUGCAAUUGGGGAACGGCGCGCAGGAAUUGCCACCUGCAUUUUCCCCGAUCGAAGAUGUUGAGAUGGAUGGCUUAUCGGACGAUGUACGGUCAGCGAAGCCGAUUGACCCUACUACGUACGAACAGAUGCGCCGGGCCUUCGAUCAACUGUGCUGUACAAACAGUUUUCUUUUUACUCCUUUUGAGACGGACUACUUUCCUUCAGUUGAGACGUUGGAUUGCUUUAUUCGACACUAUUUGGAUACAUUCCAACCAGUUUAUCCAAUCUUUCAUCUGCCAACAUUUGAUCCGAACAAAUGUCACUGGAUAUUGACCAUGGCAAUAUCUGCAGUUGGCUGUCACGUUAUUAAUUCACCGGAAACAGCGAGAUGUGCGGGUGCUUUUCACGAAUUCAUUCGCCGUGCGAUUCAGGUAGAGAAAGAGAGACACCUGUCAGGACCAGUACCUAUUUGGCUUCUCCAAGCAAUGCUCCUGAACUGUAUUGGCCUACUUCACAGUGGUAGUGCUCGAGCAAAGGAGUCUGGUCUCAGUAUCUUCAGUGAUCUCGUUCGUCUCGCAAAUCGGGAAAAGCUCCUGUCAGUCUCUAGUAGAUCGCAAAGCACGUGGUUGGACUCCGCUGGUGGGCAAACAUGGGAAAUAUGGAUCGAUAGUGAAGUGAGGAGACGCACAGGCUAUUGUAUAUGGAUACAGAAGCGUGCUGAUGGAUUCCUGCAGCUCCUUGAUUGCACAUUGGCGUAUGCUUUUGAUACCCGACCGCACUUAUCGCUCGACGAUGCACAAGCCCCAUUACCGUCGCAUGAGGAUCCGUGGCAGGCAAAGUCUGAGGAAAGCUGGCGGCAACUGCACGAACGGUCUUCAGGUGGUAAGCAAUCACUUCCGAGUACAGGACUGCACACUGCUAAUAAAACUCAAGAAAAUGAAUCGCUCUACUCCGCAACGCAGAUUCUAUACAUCGAAAAGAGACUAGUCCCUGGGAUCGGGGAAUUCAGUCAUGUCCUGCUUGUCCAUGCUCUCUACCAGAGAAUGUGGGAAGUGAGCGAUUACUUCCGGCGACCGCUGUCUUGUUGGAAUCCUACGGCUAAGAAGCAAUCCCGAGACUCCGCGAUCCCGUCUGGGUCUGUUUGGCUUCCUGGGAUACCCGUGUACUCGAAAUGGCGAAACAGCGCCUGUGACUGCUUGGACAUCCUCCAUUGGACAGCCAACGGCACGAUUGCCAAAGCGGCCGGAUUGGAGCACCCUACCGUCCUUCAUCUACACGCUGCGCGGAUUGUCCUCCUGGUCCCGUUCCGGGAGAUCCGAGCACUGGCGACUUCUUUAGCAAGAGGGACCCUACAUUGGAGUGAGCACGAGCAAGCCAUCGAGUGGCACCACAUCUGGCGCUGGGUCAAGCAUGACCAGUAUAAAGCCCGGCUGGCACUGAUCCACGCCGGUUCCGUCUUGUGGUACGUCCGUCGCUAUUCCACGAAUGCCUUCCAUGAGCCUGUGGCCGUCUUCCUAGCCACCCUCACCCUCUGGGCAUAUGGAUCAUGCCACCACAAAGCAACAGCAGCAGCCUCCGGCCAGAACAACAAUAGCAGCAACAGCAACAACAGCAACAAUGUUGAAGACUCGGAUGAGCUGCGACCUCAGCCUGACGUAUCCGAGCCAGCCCCCGGUCCAACAUUCAUCCAUCUCGACCGGCCCUGCGACGACGAGCUCGUGCAGCUUUUCGUGCGCGAGGGCCACACGAUGCGGGGCAACGUGACCGGGGUAGGCGACAUCUGCGGACCAUCAGGGCCGGCGAGGAUCCUGAAGGAAGGCAUCCGCACGCUGUCGGGGCUGAUGUCGUCUUGGGGGAUCGCGCAUGAGUACAUCGGCAUUCUAACCCGCUUGGGCGAGCAGGUCUCGUCUCCUGCGUCAUCAGCAUCUGUAUCAGCAUCUGCUGCGUCCGAUUGA